AUGUUGGUCAACGGCAUCUCUUUCAUCGCGGCCAUCGCGCUUGCUUCCCAGGCUAUUGCAGCCCCGACAAUUGAAAAGCGAGCUACAUCCGAUCCAGCCGCUUUCCCGUCCCUUCAGCGUGCUGCGAAGCUAUCAUCGGCCGCAUACACCGGCUGUCUGCUAAGUGCCUUUGAUGUGACCAUUACCAAGCAGAUCUACAACGGUUUGACCGAUACUCAGGGCUAUAUUGGGUACUCUCCAACCCAGAAGAAGAUCUCGGUUGUUAUGAGAGGUUCAACUACGGCUACGGACAUCCUCAAUGAUGUUGAUACAACCUUGAUCACUCCUACCCUGUCGGGUGUGAGCUUCCCAGCAGGAGUCCAGAUCAUGAGGGGUGUUUAUAACCCAUGGGCUUCUGUGCACGAUGCCGUGAUCGCAGAAGUGAAAUCCCUCGUGGCUAAAUACCCGGAUUAUACAUUGGAAUCAGCCGGUCACUCGCUUGGUGGCGCGCUUACUUAUGUUUCAUACGUGGCUCUCGCCCAAAAUUUCCCUGGAAAGUCGAUCACUAGCAAUGCCUUGGCUGCAUUCCCGAUUGGAAACGCGGCCUGGGCCAGAUUUGCUAGCUCCCAGAGCGGUACCUUGAACCGAGGUAACAACGUUGCCGAUGGAGUGCCAAACAUGUAUGUCCUGUCACCAUACAACUUCCAGCACUAUGGAAUUGAGUAUUACAGCUGGGGCACUGCGAGUACAUGUGUUAAGUGUUCGGGCGAGCGUGACCUUUCUUGCUCUGCUGGCAACGGCAUGUAUGGCGUUACCGCUGGACACUUCCAAAGCUUUGGAAUUACUCUAGGCGCCGCUGGAUGCUGA